AUCUGAAUUCUAAGUAGCUAUCAAUUAGUCAUGCUAUUUACUUAAUAUAUCUGUGCAAAGCCGCUUUUCAAGACAGUUGUAUAAACGGGCUUAGUUGAGCGCGAACCACACAGCCGACUCCACCGUCCAAGAUCAGGAUCUUGAAAUGUUGCGAUUAAGUGGAGCAUUCCUGCUCAUAGCCCUGACGUGCUGCCAUGCAAGUGCAGGCGUCGUAGAUUCAAGUUCAUACGCCAGAAGCUGGACGCUUCCGAAAGAUGGACCCAGAACUUUGAUUCAAGGUACUUUAUUUACCACCGAUGUCAAUACUUUCCCUUACGCCAUCUGUGAAUUCACUAAGCCAAACGAGGAGAGGGUGUGCAACGUGACCCUAGUGAGACCAAAUAAGCAAGAUAGCGGUAUCUGUAGAGUCAAAAUUUUCGCCAAUUCCAAGGAUAAAGAACUGUUUUACAAUGGUUACUUCCAAAUGAUACCGUUCGCUCGCGAACAUGUCGCCGUGAUAUGGUAUGACCAGACUAAAGAGCCCGCGAAUGCCGUAGAGAAGAAAUACGACUUCAAAAUAAGCAUUUUGGACACCAGUAACUGCAAAACUGCCCACCUGGACUUUCCAAUUCAGAAAGUACACUACGGCUUCUUUCCCGCUCUGGUGACCUACGACAAUCAAAUUGACGUGGUCGUUAACAGCAUACAAGCCUGCGGUGGCGUUGACAGGUGCAAACUGUCUUUUGACCUACAGGGCAAGCAAAUUGGCGAUGUACAGCCGUACAAACCAAAAUUGAGCGGAUACGCAAAUGCAGUUUCUCCUGCUACACCAGUUAAAGGCUUUUUCCAAGACGUGAAGAAUCUUUCGAGCAUAAGGGUGCUUUUUGUGAAUGCAGAGGGCGAGGGAAAAGAAGUACUGAAUGUCAAAUUCGAUGAACAGAAGCAAAAUAAACGGGACGCUUAUUCGAAUGCUCAUGAACUUUACUCGAUUUGCUGGACUCCUACCAUAAGCACAACAAAACCAACGAAAAUCAGCUGCUCACAAUUCGAUGCCACUGGUAAUGCCAAAGUCAGCAAAGAAAUAACUUUCCCGCAGCUUUUGAACUGGGCAGCCGUGCACAAUUUGCCUAAGGGUGGAUUAUUGCUGGCUACCGGAGGCUGCGAGCAAGCAGGAUCAGAGGAAUGUAAAACCUUCCGCGUUCACAAGAUCAACGAACUCGGACAGGAGAAACCGUAUGAAUUUCAGGCGCCUGAUCUCCAGUGUCACGACAUAACGUCCAAUUUGGAGGUGCGAAUCUCAGAAAAUGACAGGGACGAAGUCUGCUUUGACUUCUCCUGCUUAUCUUCGUCAACGAAUCUUAAGUUUGUAAGCACGUGUGUGGAGAAGACGAGAUUGAACUAAACGAUACGCUUAUUAAAUAUAUUGACUUUUUAGAUAGAGAAAUUGCCGAUGAACUUUUUUUCUUAUGUUGACUGUAGUAACCUCUUGUGCAGUCAGAAGUAAAAGGCUCAAUUUGUUAUGUGUAAAAUAAUACAUUUUCUCUAAAUAUUACAGCAAAAAUUUCACAUAUUCUGUGAAUUUUUUAACAACUAAAUCGCGCAGACCUUACAGGUCGACAGACGUGACCAAUCUUCAGUAAAUAAAACAGACGUGA